ACCACGAGUGGUUGCCUGCUAGUACCCUAACGGUCCUGGUCGGUUUGUGUACAUGUGGCGCCUCCACCCAUCAGCGGCCACCCUAGACGGUGACGUCACGAGGGUCGGGCAAAUCAGCUCCCUUCAAACACUGAACCCCAGUAGACGACAAUAAAGUGUAGGGGGUAGACGUGCCAGCGCCUCUCUCAGCCCAGUCACUGGAGGCUCUUACUCCAGCAGUGAAUUUCUCAACACAGCGACGCUUGACAAGUGGUUCCCACUGUAGGGGUAACAUGGCUGAGUACACUUAUGGUGGUCGUCUGAGUGCCGCAGGAAGUCGUGUGGUCGUCUAUUGGUUCUGCUCACUUGAUGGUGGCAAGCCAGUCGUCUGUAUGAAGUCGUGCAUAUGCAUCGACGGCCGCCAGCUACGCUCUCUCGAUCCCAGAAGAGCUCGAACCCUGCUGAAAAAGAAAAAGUUUAGUGUAGUCAGGCUACACAGAUGUGCUCAGAAGUAUGACUAUGCAAUUGAAAUUCGGAACACAGAAAGCACAUGUGAUUGUAAUCUUCACAACCAGAGAUACGCCCAAGGUAAUGGGCAUAUCCAGAAGUGUUUUGGAAUCCCUAUUGAUUACAAUGAUGACAAUGAAACCUACUCCGUGGGUUGUGGACCCUUUGUGUUUACUUUACACUCUGAUGAGUUUGCAGAUUUAGAUAUCACUCCUCAGUGUGUACGAACUUUUUCAACAUGUAUCAGUUUCCAAAUGUCCUCUUGCAUUGACACCUACUCCAGGACAUUCUACAUAAGCAACUGUGAAGUGGAAACCUCCCUGAUGCCUGACUCAUUCUCUAGAGGUUUUGAGACGAUUCCAAAAGUUUAUAAUCACAGUGUUGAGCUCAUGUCAAACAAUGAUUUUCUUCCUCCCACUUCAACGAGAAACAUUGUCUCUUUGCCUAGUAAAACCUGUGAGGCUGUCUUUCCCUGGUCAGACUUGCCGGUCUCCACCAUAAAGGCCGCCCCACUAACCAUCUCACAACCCAGGUCAGGGCCAAUACUCACUCCUCUAGAGGCCGCCCCACCAACCAUCUCACAACCCAGGUCAGGGCCAAUACUCACUCCUCUAGAGGCCGCCCCACCAACCAUCUCACAACCCAGGUCAGGGCCAAUACUCACUCCUCUAGAGGCCGCCCCACCAACCAUCUCACAACCCAGGUCAGGGCCAAUACUCACUCGUGCAGAGGCAAACUCUGGUCUCCAGCCCAACUGUGCAUCAUGUACACGCAGGAGAGUUUACAACUUGAGGCCACUUGCUGGACGAGAGUGUACGUGUGCCCCUCAAACACCAGCUGAUUAUGUGUAUAUUCAGAUGACCUUGUCAGACCUCACUAUAGACGACCUUAAACCAACUAUUCCAUCAGGUGGAAGAAUAAUGUCAAUAGUCACUUGUGGUUGAUUAGCUCAUAAUUGUAAAAUCUAUAAAAUUGUUUUCUGCUGAAUUAUAUAUAUAUAUAUAUA